UCAAACCUUUGUAAGAAGAAAAGCUCUACUAUACUUACAGCUAAAAGAUACAGUAUGAUUUGUUCCAAGCCGCACUAAACAAAAAUUGGGUUCAUACAUCUCCCAUGGCUACUAAACAGUGAAGGAAUUAAAAUAAGGAAAAAAACAGGACUAAAUUCUUCAGAGAGUUUGAAUUUGUAGGUAUCUAAUUUUUCAAUGGAACAAAAUGGCAAAGCGUAAACGUGAGCUUCACGGCUUCGAGAAGAAUUUAAGCAGAAGAUUGAGGGCUGAUUUGGAUACAACGCGCGUUCGUUGUUAAAGAAUUGGAUUCUAACUAGCUGCCAUGCACUGGAUAAGUUUUCCAACAUCAACGUCAAUUCCUCUCCUCUUUUUCUUUCUUUCCCUUCUUUUCUUGUUUGCUUAACCGUUUACUUUGAACCAUUCCAGUUUGGACCAGGAGUUUUCGACCAUCCUCCUGUCCUGUUUGAAACUCCCACAACAUACCAAUAUCAACAAAAACAAAGGAAUAAUAUAUUCCAUUAUAUAUCACACAUUUCACAGCUGCACCCCCUUUAAAAUUUCCUGGAAAAAUUCCUUGCAAACCCUGCAGUUUUCCCCUGGAAAAGAAAUUCCCCAUUAUUUAUUAUUGGGACAACCUUUUUUUUAUCGUGAAGUUCAACAAGUUUUCUAACAGUCAAAAAGGAUGUUGGAGAUGUGCACAAGGCCAUUGGAGAAGUGCUUUGGAGGAGGAGGCGGAGGAGAUGGGCUGUUGUGGCAUAUGGAGUUGAAGCCACACGCUUCAGGAGAUUACUCCAUAGCAGUUGUGCAAGCGAAUUCUUCCUUGGAGGAUCAAGGACAGGUGUUUACUUCCCCUUCCGCCACAUAUGUUGGCGUCUACGAUGGUCAUGGCGGACCUGAGGCUUCCCGUUUCAUCACUCACCACUUGUUUCCUUUUCUUCAUAAGUUUGCAUCAGAGCAUGGAGGGUUGUCAGCAGAAGUAAUAAAGAAGGCGUUUGAUGCUACUGAGGAGGAGUUUUUGCACUUAGUGAAGCGAUCAUGGCCAGCUAGACCACAGAUUGCUUCAGUUGGUUCCUGCUGUCUUGUUGGGGCCAUUGCUAAUGAUGUUUUAUAUGUGGCUAAUCUGGGAGACUCGAGGGCAGUGCUUGGCCGGAGAGUGUCCCCAAAUGGCACUAAUAAUCAGGUGGUGGCAGAAAGGUUAUCAACUGAUCAUAAUGUUGGUGUUGAAGAGGUGAGGAAGGAGGUUGUAGCACUCCACCCUGAUGAUUCUCACAUUGUAGUGUAUAACCAUGGAGUUUGGCGGAUAAAGGGCAUAAUUCAGGUCUCAAGAUCGAUUGGUGAUAUAUAUCUGAAGAAACCUGAGUUCAACAGGGAUCCUCUAUUUCACCAGUUUGGAUUCCCAAUUCCUUUGAAAAGACCUGUAAUGACAGCAGAGCCUUCUAUAUUAAUUCGGAAGCUGAAGCCUCAGGACUUGUUCUUGAUAUUUGCAUCAGAUGGUCUUUGGGAGCAAUUAAGUGAUCAAGCAGCUUGUGAGAUUGUUUUGAAAAGUCCUAGAGCAGGAAUAGCAAAGCGAUUGCUAAGAGCUGCACUUCAGGAGGCUGCAAAGAAAAGAGAAAUGAGAUAUGAUGAUAUUAAGAGAAUUAAAAAAGGAGCAAGACGCCAUUUCCACGAUGAUAUCACUGUUAUAGUGAUAUACUUGGAUCAUCCUUUGGGAUCUUCUAAUGGUAGAUUCAAGGAUCACAAUUUUAUUGACUGCACUAGCGCCCCUGUUGAUAUCUUCUCUCUUAAUGCCAAUGAAGCAGAUGACGCAUUCCAUCCUGUUCACUAAACAGCACAACCAGGACAAGGGGUGCUCUCUUGUCUAGUGAAUGAAAUGAUAUAUCAGGUUGAACCGGUCCUGAUCAGAAGAAAAUGGGAUUUUGAAAUAAUGAUCCUUGGAGGUUGCUGUACAUAAUUCUGUGUCUUUUAGAGGUGCUAAAUUGAAGCUGCUCCUCACUUCCCAGCUUGGGUUUUUCUUGGUCAUCUUAAAUAGUUUCCUCUUUUAUAUGGAAUUACCUAUGCAUACCAUUUGUUAUUUUAUUCUGUAAGAUAAUACACAGGCAAAAUAGGGAAAUUUGUUUCUAAACAAUGUUUUCUAUUUAUAAUUUACAUGCCAGUCAUCCCUUGGUGGAUUAGUAUCUAGAUGUAUACGUGGCUAGACUUUACUCAAUGCAAGAAAUGCGUUUUACCCAGGUAUGACAGAAACCAAGAAUUGAUGCCUUCUCCGAAGGGGACAUUGCAUUUUAUUUUUUAUAGCUUUGGAUGUUUUUGUUUGUUGGAUCGCAAGAAAUUAGUUAAAUUUUGGAUGUUGUUGCCUUGUUGGGGUGCAAGAAGUGACAAUUGAUUACAUGAUUUAUGAUGCACCCUAUGGAAGACUUUAGGGCUCUAUGGAUGCAUCUCCCUUGACUCCACGAAUAAUAAAUCCAUCUGCAAUUAUAGGGUUGUUGGCUAUGACUA